CUAGGUUCCGGAAUUUCGGGACUGGUGCGACUAGUCACCCAUAAGGCAACCGACAUUAAGUAUGCUGUAAAGGUCCUCGAUUUGGGAUUGGUAGAUACCGCUGAAGGACUACGCCAGUUGCGCGAGGAAAUCUUCAUCAUGUGUCAGCUUGAUCACCCUAACAUUGUUCGCUUGGAAGAAGUCUACGAGAGUCACUCGGAGAUUUAUCUCGUACAAGAAUUGUGCUUAGGUGGUGAACUGUUUGACCGUUUGGACGAGCAGCCAGACUAUCACUACACGGAGGCCGAGUGCGCGCGUUUGGUAAAACAAAUGCUCAGUGCCGUGCGCUACUUGCACUCCAAAGGAAUCAUUCACCGCGAUCUCAAGCUGGAGAACUUUCUCUUCUCGAGCAAGUCCUCCGACUCGGAACUUAAAAUGAUCGACUUUGGACUAUCCAAACAUUUCCGAUACGGGGAAAUCCAGCACGAGGCCGUUGGAACCCCGUACACUGUCGCUCCCGAAGUUAUUCACGGAUCGUACGACGAGCGGUGCGAUAUCUGGGCGAUUGGUGUCAUUUCCUUUCUACUCCUUUCUGGUGACCCUCCCUUUGGAGGCUGCGGUGGACCGGAACCCCUCAUGACUGUCCGAUCGAAUAUUCUGCGUGGUCACUAUGCGUUCGAACCUGAAGAUAUUUGGGCAAACGUAUCUACGCUGGCGCAAGACUUUAUUAAAGCCGUACUCGUGACCAAUCCGCAACAACGUCCGACCGCUCGGGAAGCCCAAAAGCAUCGAUGGCUGCAAGAAUGGGCCUCGCGCUCCCGCAAGGGAAACGACAACAACCUGAAUCCAAACGUGGUCAAGGCAUUAGUCAAUUUCAAAGAGUUUUCCGACAUGCGCAAACUGCUUUGCGAAGUUUUGAGCUUCACGCUGUUGCCCUACCAGAUUAAGGAACUGCGACGGGAAUUUGAAAAAAUGGACACGGAUGGUUCCGGAGAAAUUUCU